AUGCAUAUGAUGAGGCUGUGGAUGGUGCUCGGGGCGCUCGCGGUCGCCCUGCCGUCGCUACCGGCUGACGUGAGGACCAACAAAAACCGAGGCAGAGGAUCCAUGUGGUGGGGCAUCGCCAAGGCAGGGGAGCCAAACAACCUGCUGCCGAUGUCGCCGGCCUCCCUCCACAUGGACCCUGCGGUGUACGCGACGCUGAGGCGGAAGCAACGGAGACUCGCGCGGGAGAACCCCGGCGUCCUGAUGGCUGUGGCGCGGGGCGCCAACCUCGCCAUAACCGAGUGCCAGCAUCAGUUCCGCAACCGCCGCUGGAACUGCUCGACCAAGAACUUUCUCCGGGGGAAGAAUCUCUUUGGCAAGAUCGUCGACCGAGGGUGCAGGGAGACGGCGUUCAUAUACGCGAUAACGAGCGCCGCGGUGACGCACAGCAUAGCGAGGGCCUGCAGCGAGGGCAGCAUCCAGUCGUGCUCGUGCGAUUAUUCGCACCAGUCGCGCGUACCCACGGGAGUACGGGACUGGGAGUGGGGCGGCUGCUCGGACAACAUUGGCUACGGCUUCAGGUUCUCCCGGGAAUUCGUCGACGCCGGCGAGCGCGGCCGCAACCUCCGGGAGAAGAUGAACCUCCACAACAACGAGGCCGGCAGAACGCACGUCUCGGCGGAGAUGCGCCAGGAGUGCAAGUGCCACGGGAUGUCGGGCUCGUGCACGGUCAAGACCUGCUGGAUGCGGUUGCCGUCGUUCCGCCAGGUGGGCGACAAUUUGAAGGACCGGUUCGACGGCGCGUCGCGGGUCAUGCUGAGCAACUCGGAGCGCGCGAGGAGCGUGAGCAACGCGAUAACGAGCAACUCGGCCAGCAAUUCGGUGCACGCGCGCCGCGAGGGCCUCCCGAAGCGCCACCGCUACGACUUCCAGCUCAAGCCCUCGAACCCCGAGCACAAGCCACCCGGGGUCAAGGAUCUCGUGUACUUUGAGCCCUCGCCCCCCUUUUGCGAGAAAAAUCCAAAGUUGGGGAUACUGGGCACCCACGGGCGACAGUGCAACGACACGAGCAUCGGGGUCGACGGUUGCGACCUCAUGUGCUGCGGCAGGGGCUACAAGACCUCGGAGAUCAUUGUCGUCGAGAGGUGCAACUGCACCUUCCACUGGUGCUGCGAGGUCAAGUGCCAAUUGUGCAGGACCAAGAAGACGAUACACACGUGCCUGUGAACGGGUCGCCCCCAGUUGAUGGACUGAUUAAAUUAUAUUUUUUACUUUGUAUCUUUCGGUACUCACUUCGUCUCCUUUCCCUCGAAUGACGAGCUCGAGAAAACCAAGGUGCUACGAGCAGGUUUGUGCUUAUUAUUUAUUUUUUACUACGA